AUGGCCAUCACUCUCAUGCACCGGCGAUCAAACCUACACCGUCUUCCGACCAAAACCGCCGCCUUUCUUCCACCUCCGCCCCCAAAAACCGCCUCCUUUCUCUCCUUCUCCACCUCCUUCCUCCUCCUCAUCCUCCUCACCAUCUGCUCCCUCUCCGUCUUCCUCUCCACCUCCUUCCAAAUCUGCUUCUCUUCCCGCCAACUCGACUCGUACUGCAUCUCCGGCGGCUCCUUAUCUCAUUCCCUCCGCCACCUCCUCCCCCCUUCCAACCUCUCCUCCACCAAACGCAUCCCCGCCACCACUAACGAAAUCACCGAAGCCAUUAAAUUAGUCGAGCAAAAACUCCACACAAUUCGCACUUGGGCCGCUGCAUCCAACUCCACCAUUUCCUGCGACAAUAAAGGAAUUUUCGUCUACGAUUUGCCUUCCAAAUUCAACCAUGAUCUCACAGCCCAAUGCGAUAAGCUUCUUCCAUGGACCGAUCUCUGUGAAUUUUUAGUCAAUGAUGGUAUCGGUCGGCCCAUUCAAGCUCUCGGCCCGGCCUGGUACCGCACCCAUCAGUACUCCCUCGAGCCCAUCUUCCACUCUCGGGUUCUCAACCAUCGCUGUCGGGUCACCGACCCGGCCCAAGCCCGACUCUUCUACGUCCCCUUCUACGCCGGCCUCGACGUCCUCCGCUGGCACUUUGCCAACGCUUCCAUUUCAGAUAAAGACAGGCUUAGCAGCGAGCUCAUCCAAUGGCUCCAAACCAGGCCCGAAUGGGCCCGACGAAGCGGUAAAGAUCAUAUGUUUGUUCUCGGUAAAAUCUCAUGGGACUUUCGUCGGGUCGGCGAUGGGCCGUGGGGCAGCAAUUUCUUAUCUUUGCCCGAAAUGCAAUCUCCCUAUAAGUUUCUUAUAGAGCGGCAGCCAUGGGAAUUGAAUGAGAUCGGGAUUCCACACCCCACCCAUUUCCACCCGCAUUCCGACGACCAUAUUGCCACGUGGCAGGCUAAGGCGGCCUCCUCGAUUCGUGGAAAGCUGGUGAGUUUCGUGGGUGCGGCGCGGCCUGAGUCAACGGAAAGCAUAAGAUCGGUCCUCAUUAGGCAGUGCGGGGCGGCGCAGCCGGAAUGUUGGUUCCUUGACUGCGGCGGCGGCGGAUGCGGCGAUCCGGGAGAUGUGAUGGCGGCGUUUAUGGAAUCGGAGUUUUGCUUGCAGCCGCCCGGGGAUAGUCCAACGAGGAAGUCGGUUUUUGAUGGGCUGAUUGCGGGUUGCAUACCGGUUAUUUUCAACCCGUUUACCGCUUAUUACCAGUACCCGUGGCAUUUGCCGGAGGAUUACCGGAAGUAUUCGGUUUACGUGGAUGAGGAGGAGGUGAGGGAGGGGAAGGUGGAUGUGAUGGAGAGGCUGAGGAUGGUGGAGCCGGAUAAGAGGAAGGAGAUGAGGAGGUAUAUUAUAUACGAGCUUCUGCCUGGGUUGCUGUAUGGGGAUAAGGGAUCGCAGUUUCGGAGAUAUCGUGAUGCUUUUGGAAUUGUUAUGGAUAGUAUGUUACAAAGAUUAAAUAGAAGUUGA